UAGUUGUAUUAUUAUUUUUGAUAAAUACAUUUAUAAUUCCUUAAAUCCUAAUAUGGAUAGAAAAAUAUAUGUAAUAAAAUGUUAAAACGAAAAAUACAUACAUACAUUCUUAUUCUCGUCUCGUAUUAGCCUCAAAUAAAUGUUUAAAUUAUAAAUAUAUGUUUCCCGGUUACGGCGUCACCUUACAAAAUCAGUAAACUUAAAUUUAAAAUGGUUUCCUGCAAUGUAAAACGCGCACUUUAUGCCGGUUUGGACCAUAAUACGGAAACGGAAUGAAAAGAGGGAAAUGAAAUCAGCAGUAAGUCGAUAACAACGAUUUUUCCCGAGCCACACAACAGCUGAUUGUUAUCGACAAUCCCCAAGCGGCAUUAAGCAUUUAUUUAGAUUUAACUUGGAUUUUACUAUAUAAGUAAGUCAAGUAAUUUGAACAAGGAAAACGUAGUUAUUCAACCUUUUGGUAGCAGAGAUAUAAUAUAAUGUAAAUGAUGAGUAAUUCCGACGAAUAUCCUACUAAGCUCACUAAUACCGAGGAGGAAGUUGAUAAACUAUCAUUACAAAUUUUUAAAGUAGAGUCAGAAUAUGCAGAACAUUGCGAUUCCAUUUCACAAGAUGAAGUGAAGCCGUCCUUUAGUGAAAAAGAACUCGAAGACGAUUGUGUUGACCCGCUUAAUGAUAAUGAGGAAGAGCUUUUAACAUCGCACUUUCAAGGUGAAUACGAAGAUGACGACUUUUUGAAAGAGAGUAGUAACGAUGAAUCAUCUGAGCUAACAGAAAUGCCAUGUCGUAGUAAAAGGGCAAAGGUUUGUAGGGAAUUUAAAGCGCCCAGCGGACGUGUCUGGAGUGUAAAUAAAGCAAUAUGUAAACGCGCAAGCACAACUAAUUCCAAUAUACAACUACAACCAACUGGAAAGGGGCCAGCCAGAAAAGCUAAAAAUUCGCUCGAAACUUGGUUAUUAUUAAUGGAUAACGGCAUUUUAACCACUAUUCUUACAUGUACUAACGAAGAAAUACGAAAUCAUAAAGGAAAGUCCGCAUUUGAAAAACCCACUGAUAUUAUAGAACUACGCGCUUGGAUUGGUUUAAAUUAUCUUUGUGGAAUUUUUCGUAAUACUGCGAAACCGGGUCCUUUAAGUGAACUAUGGACAUUUGAGUUGGGAAAUUCAAUAUUUCGAGCCACUAUGACGUGGAAACGUUUUGAAUUUUUAACCAAAUGUUUGAGAUUCAGUUCAAUGAGUUCGGGAAAGCGAAAGUUUAAAAACUCCAUUCAUAUUGAAGAGAUAUGGCAAAAAUUUCUGACAAACUGCCGAUCUUAUUAUGCACCAAGUGGCAAUUGCGUAGUACACGAAAAAACAAUUCAAUUGUACCCUGAUAUAAACAGCUCGCAUCUUACACUAUUAUGCGAUUCUAAAUCGCUGUAUGUUUGUAAUGGAUUAAUAACACAACAAACAACAAAUACUAGGGAAACACACGAACAGAGCAUUCUUCAAUUAGUAGUGGAUAUUAAGGGGAGUAAUCGCAAUGUUACCUUGCCCGAGAAUUAUACAAGCGCGGAAAUUGUAUCGAAGCUAUUGGAAAGAAGUUUGACAGUGGUUGGCUCAUUGCCAAAAGAAUCCGAAGAAAUUCCUAAAACACUUUUAGUAAAAGAGAGUGCACAAAAACUGUAUUCAGACAUCGGUUGUAUAAAACGUCUUGCCGGAGAAGAUGCAAUUUUUAUGCUCUCUUGUGGUCUAGCUGGAAAUGUGGCCAUAGAACGCCUCUUUGAACUUAAUAAGUUUUCUUGUAAACACUUUGAAGAAGCAAUCGAUACAUUCAGUACUAUUUAUGCUUUGCCUGAUAUGCCUCAAAACAUAUCUUUAUUAAUAUUUCAUAACAUUAUGAACUUUGCUGCUUUAAACGCCUGGAUACUCUUACGACUAUCCGCGUCUUGUGACGAAAGCUCACCAACUCAACGUGAAUUUCAACGCGAUCUGGGGCUUUAUCUAACGCAAAUGCAGUUAAAAAGACAACUGGAAAAUAAAAACAAACUUACGCUAACACAAAAACUACAAAUUUGCGAGAUACUGGGAGAAUCCAACGAAAAACUGUUACUAAAAGCUUGUGAGGAAGCCAAAAAGAAUUCAUGUGAAGGAUUUGUGCCAUUGGAGAAAAUAAAGUUACCCGAGGGUUUAGUGCUGAUGUCCAAGACGAUGGAGCGACGACAACGCUGCGCCAUAUGUUCGAUAUAUCACACGCGUACGCGCUGUCAGCAGUGUUUAAGGGCGCUAUGCUACCGGCAUUUGAUAACACGUUGUAAUGAUUGUAUGGGAAUUACUAAUCUACCCGAAUCUUAGCAAAAGAUCUUAAUGUAACUGUAUUUAUCAACAUCGUAAAAUGAAAUAGAUUAAUACAAAGCGAAAUAUAAAUAAAUAAUACUAAUUAAUAUUGAACUAUUUAUUGCUUUAUUUAGAACUUUGAAUAGUGAACCAUUAAAUCUAGGUGCAAGUUUACGAAAGGUGUAAAGAGAAUCAUUGCUCUAUUUAACAACAAAUAUUGAAUAUGUUUCGCUUACUUUAAAAAGUUUCACACGGUGAUAAACAAAUGUAUCACCUGUAGGUAUAUUGUUUUCGUGAUUUCAAAAUUUAUACUGAAA